CACAUAUAGAUAGCAGGACUAUAGUCCAGCCUGUCUAGAUGAGGAAGACACGAUUAUCCGGUAUUGGGCAAUGACGAACUAUUAAUCACAGUUUUCAACUACACUAACAGUACCGAGAUGGCGACCCCUUCAGCACCGGAAAUAGUUUCCUGCCCUUCCCAUCCAGGAGAAGAAAUCGUUUUCGUCUGUUCCGGUUGUGGUGAUAUGUUUGCGUGCAGUCUGUGUGUAACUAGUGUCCACCGAGGACAUAUACUUAACGGCGUUCAAGAAACGGCAAAGUCAUUAAAGGAACAGAUAUCCGAGCUUGUAAGCACUCGUUCAGCGGAUGCAGAAUCGGUUGCUAAGAGAUUAGACGACAUCAACGUAGAUUACGAUCAGACGACGGACAAUCUGAGAAACUUAAUAGUGGAGGUAAAACUACGAAGGGAAAAGGUCAAGGUCAUGGUCGACGAGGUUGCAGAAAAGGUACUACAACGCAUACAGGACCUCUUAGACGACAACGAGGCUAACGUGACUGACUACAGAACGACGCUACACGAUCUUGAGAAACAGUUACAUUACCUAACGAAAGACAAAAAUGAGUCAGUUCUUCUCUACGGUGAUGCAACUGAUAUCAUCAACUACUACAAAGAGUUGGCACUUCCACCAAAUUUUCCUAGAUUUCUUCCCUUUAGACGGGCAAAAUUCACUUCUACCGACCUUGCAAUGGACGAUCUUAGACCAAAGUUCGGAUCCUUUGCAGAGAAUAAAAUUGAAAGAAGAGAAAGCGCACACGACCCUCCUCCAAGACCACCAAGGACCAAACCAGAAAUAGAAUCAUCGGUUCCAUUGGUUGUUCCACGAGUAGAAUUAAAUCAGCUAAGAAAAGUUCAAUCGGAACGACGUGCCCCAAAGAAAUCUGCAAAGAACAAUAACUCUGAACAACAGUCGCUAGGGGUCACAACAUCGAAGCGUCAUUCUUCAACGAGUUUUGAUUUUCAUCAUCUGGAUUCGCCAAAGAACGUUUCGCCUGACCUAAAAAUAAUGGCAAAUAUCCCAGAAGAGUCAACAUUCAGGAUACGUUCCUUGAGUUACGACAAAAGAAAGUUCGUCAUCUCAUACAUAAGUGACCGACGUCUCAUUUUUGUUAACGAGAAAGGAGAAAAAACCAGGAAGGUUCGGGUCAUGUCUAAUAUCAUGGAUGUUUGUGUUUCACCUCUUACCGGGUAUGCUUGGAUUUGUUGUGAAGACCACUCAGUAACGGAGAUCGAACAAAAGACGAGGGUGAUAAGAUUCAAAACCAAGUCUUUGCCUCUGUGUAUUUGUGCACAACAGAGUGGGGCUUUUCUUAUCGGCGUCACCAACGAUAUCAUUCAGUGUAAUGACACUGGGAAGGAACUCCUUCGUACCAAAUGGCUGGGUGGACGCUUAUCUGUGGUGUACCCUAGGGUCAUCCGGGAGAGUCCAUGCUCUAGGGAGAUAGCGGCGAGCUACGGGUAUGAGAUGGAACGGCCAUUGAAGGUCACGCUUUUUGACAGCGAACUCAAUAUAAAAUUCCAGUUCCCUACUGACCAAAUUCCACAAGAGGAUUUCGGUCCAGUGGAUAUUUGCUUCACUCCAGAUGGACAGCUUCUGAUAUUGGAUAAUGCAGCAAAUAAACUUGUGUGGGUAGGACGACAGGGCGCGGUUCUAAAGGAGACAAUCCUACACCAGUAUCACCCGUCGGUGAUGGCCCUUGGACCGGGCAAUCAACUCUGUUUGGUCCACCAAUCAAUGACAUCACAAAUAUUGACCACGGACAUUCCCCAGAGCGGACGAAAUGAAUAUACUUAUUGUAUGUUCUAAGAAUGGAUGAGAAAUGUAUUAGUACUGUGAUACAAUCAUACAUAAUUUGAACAAAAUAUACGAAUAACUGUUUACCAAAUGGUCCGAGUAGCAUAUAAAUUGCGUAAUGUAACUUCACAGGUAGAAGAGGCCGUUAUGUUACUACAUAUU